AUGACCGAAGUCCAGAAGCUCAUGGCAUGUCUAUUGUGGGCUGGUAGGCUCGAUACCUCACCCUAUUCUGAAUUGCUAUCCUCAUCCCAUUGGGACAAACUUGCCGAGGAGCUAACCCGACAAUUCUGUAACAUUUUGGGACAGUCUUGUAAGAGUCCACUGAAUGUGACGAUUGCAGCAGGAGUCCAAGGGUUGCCGACCCUUCUGAAGCUGAUGAAUGUGAUGACGGGGAAGAAGCAGGAAUGGCAGUCCAUGAAGCAGUUACCCGUGCCGGUGGAUUUGGAUAGGGAGUUUCAGUUCCAUUCCAUCUUUGUAUGUCCAGUGAGUCGAGACCAAGCAAACGAAAAGAACCCUCCAAUGUUGUUAUCGUGUGGGCACGUGCUCUUCAUAAACAAAAUUGACCAGUCAACUGCUGUUCCAGAUCGUGUUAAAGCUCAGCUAAAAUCCAUGUUUGACCUUGACCCAAGUGAUUGCCUUUUGUCAUGUACCAAGACGGGGUCAAGGUCUGGAGCAGGUCUUUGGGUUGUUCAAAUUUCUCUAGAAGCUUUGUUAUUGCCUCAUGCUACCUCCAGUUAA